UGGCAGUAACUGGCCUGGUACAGUCCUCCACUCCGCAGCAGAAGCGGAGCUACAUCCGGUCGCUGUGUUAGCUAACCUAGCUUAUGCUUCCGCUCGGCGUUCGGUAAUAAGAGCUCCGGGCAUUGACCAAGGAAAGGAUGUUAUCCUGCGUGGGUUGUCCUGUCCUGAGCCGGGUUCUCAGCGGCGGGGCUUCACGCUUGCCUGCUGUGGCAGCUGCAGCUUCCCGCACUCCCAAUCCCUCCACUUCACUCAGUGCUGGUAGCAGUGUGGCAUUGGUGCGCUACAACACCACAGCUCAGCAGGAGAAGCCUAAAAAAACUAAGUUUGGACCUCUUGCAGACCAGGACAGAAUUUUCACCAACCUUUAUGGCAGACAUGACUGGAGGCUAAAGGGUGCACUAAGUCGGGGUGACUGGUACAAGACCAAGGAGAUCCUGGAGAAGGGAGUGGACUGGAUUUUGAAUGAGAUUAAAGUGUCUGGACUGCGUGGCAGAGGAGGAGCUGGCUUCCCCACUGGUAUGAAGUGGGGUUUCAUGAACAAGCCCAGCGAUGGCAGACCAAAAUACCUGGUGGUGAAUGCUGAUGAGGGAGAGCCUGGCACCUGCAAAGAUCGGGAGAUCAUGAGGAAUGAUCCACACAAGCUGGUGGAGGGGUGUUUGGUUGCUGGCAGGGCCAUGGGAGCACGUGCUGCCUAUAUUUACAUCCGUGGGGAGUUCUACAAUGAGUCGUCCAAUCUGCAGGUUGCCAUUAACGAGGCAUAUGGGGCAGGGCUUAUUGGCAAGAAUGCCUGUGGCUCAGGCUACGACUUUGAUGUGUUUGUAAUGCGUGGAGCUGGUGCAUACAUCUGUGGAGAGGAGACUGCUUUGAUUGAGUCUAUUGAAGGAAAACAGGGAAAACCUCGCCUGAAGCCACCUUUUCCUGCUGAUGUGGGUGUGUUUGGUUGCCCAACAACAGUUGCCAAUGUAGAAACAGUAGCUGUAGCCCCAACCAUCUGCCGCCGUGGCGGUACGUGGUUUGCCGGUUUUGGCAGGGAGAGGAAUUCUGGCACAAAGCUCUUCAACAUCUCUGGGCAUGUUAAUACACCCUGCACUGUGGAGGAGGAGAUGUCUAUUCCCUUGAAAGAGCUGAUCGAGAGGCAUGCAGGUGGUGUCCGUGGUGGUUGGGAUAACCUCCUGUGUGUUAUUCCCGGAGGGUCAUCAACACCACUCAUCCCUCGUCAUGUGUGCGACGACGUUAUGAUGGACUUUGACGGCCUCAUCCAGGCCCAGACCGGCCUGGGCACAGCAGCACUUAUCGUCAUGGACAAAUCAACGGAUGUGAUUCGUGCUAUUGCUCGCUUGAUUGAAUUUUAUAAACAUGAAAGCUGUGGCCAGUGCACCCCCUGCAGGGAAGGAGUGGACUGGAUGAACAAGAUGAUGUGGCGCUUUGUAAAGGGAGAUGCACGGGCUGCUGAAAUUGACAUGAUUUGGGAGCUAAGCAAACAGAUAGAGGGUCACACCAUCUGUGCUCUGGGUGAUGGAGCUGCAUGGCCAGUGCAGGGACUGAUCCGUCACUUCCGCCCCAUUAUGGAGAGCAGGAUCGCAGAGUUCGAGCAGAAGCAGCAGGCUAAGGCUUAGAUCUGAUUCCACUACUCUCCUGCAGCGACCUCUUCUGGCCCCUUUCCUCUUUUACCUUAUCACACAAUAUUAUUUAAGCAAAAAAAAAAAAAAAGUGUUGUCACUUGAUUCAUGUACUGCUUUCAACAUCCGCCUUGUGGUGCCUUGCCACCCUGUUUCAAAACUUAAAACUUAAUAAAGUUCUGUGAACCAUA